UUCCACGCCUGCUUUGUCGUUUCUUCGCCAACAGCCUAGCCCAGCCUCACCAUGGCGGACGCCUUCGCAGGCACCUGGAAGCUGGUGGACAGCAAGAACUUCGAUGACUACAUGAAGUCCCUCGGUGUGGAUUUUGCUACCAGGCAGGUGGCCAUUAUGCUCAAGCCUACCACAAUCUUCGAAAUAAAUGGGGACACGAUCACCCUGAAAACACAAAGCACCUUCAAGAGCACAGAGAUCAGCUUUAAGCUGGGGGAGGAGUUUGACGAGACAACGGCAGAUGACAGGAAGGUCAAGUCCACCGUGACGCUGGAGGGAGGCAAACUUGUCCAUGUGCAGAAAUGGAAUGGGCAAGAAACAAAACUUGUGCGGGAGCUCGUGGAUGACAAACUCAUCCUGACGCUCAUCCACGGCAAUGUAGUGAGUACGCGCACGUACAAAAAGGAGGAAUGA